AUGGCAGCUUCUUCCAGACCACACAUCAGGUCUGCUCACCUCAGCCCGAACCCCGCUGCUUCCCAGUGGUUUCUCACCAUUCUUCCGCUGACCCUGGUCAUCUUGCCAUCCUCUGAAACCUGCGGUGAACCACCAAGAGUUGAAAAUAUGAAGCCCACUGGUAACGUUAAGCCCUCUUAUGAUGUGGGGGAACGAGUAAAUUAUACCUGUAAUCCGGGAUACCUGUAUCGACCUCCUAAGCCCAAAUUUGUCACUUGUGGACAGAACCAGCAAUGGUCACAGAUCGCAAAAGAUACUUGCUACAAAAAGUCAUGUAGAAGGCAAGACGAUAUUCCAAAUGGUGUAGUUAACCUCAUAAAUGGAAGCUAUGAGUUCGGUAACCAGAUUGAAUUUGUGUGUCAUGAUGGGUUUCAUUUAAUUGGUGCGAGAAUUCUGCAUUGUCAGCUUACUGGAUCAGAUGUGCAUUGGAGUGAUAGUCCUCCACAUUGUGAAAAAAUUGUGUGUGCACCACCGCCAGACAUAGCGAAUGGAACACACAGUGCAGUUGGCAGGGAAGUAUUUGAGUACCUUUCAGUAGUAACUUAUCGUUGCCAUAAAGCAUCGGGACCAGACGAAUUUUCACUUGUUGGAGAGAGUCAGCUGCAUUGUGCUGGCAGUGGAAAAUGGAGUAGUGACCCUCCUCAGUGUAAAGUGGUCAAAUGUCCAUUCCCAUCACUGACAAAUGGAAGGCAGACAUCAGGAUUUGGGAAAAAAUUUUACUACAAGGCACAGGUUACGUUUGAAUGCAACCAGGGGUUUUACCUUCAUGGCAACUCGUUGAUUACCUGUGCUGAAGAUAAUACUUGGAAACCCCCUCCUCCAACAUGUCGUAAAGAAUCACCACCUCCCACUACAAGGAGACCUUCAGCGUCCAGUCCUCCAUCUCUGAGUUCUUCAGUUAUCGCGUCCUCAAGUAAGCAGCCACCAGCAUCGGUUCCUUCCAGGGGAAAACCUCGAAUAUCCAAUCUCUUACAAUAUUACUUUCCUUGUGAAGGAUCUCUUUCUUUCAGGAGUAUUCCUGGAUGGAUCAUUACUUUCAUUAUCACUGUGUUAGAAUUGCAGUAAUUGUCUUCUGCCUGUGCAAAUGACUCCAAAGCAUGGAAAUAGAGAGUAAAUUAGAGCAGAGUACACCACUAACCAGAACUAAAUCAAUUCUGCCUGCAGAGACCAGGAUGAUUUCAACAACCAGCCGACAUUUUUGUUUGUUGAAUUUUAUUAAAACUGCUAAUCUGGAA